AUGUGGACAUACAUAAUUUUUAUCUACCUAUCGCUGAUCCUGGAAAGCGUUACGGCGAAGUACUACAGAGAUAAGAGUGGAUGGAUAUAUUUCGAGAAAACCGGAUACCGUUACAAAAGAUUCGAUGAGCAGGCGAAAUUUAAUGAAGCCAUCCGGCUUUGCCAGAAAUAUGGAGCACAACUGGCUUCGAUUCAUAGCGAAGAAGAAAACGAUUUCAUUUAUCAAAUAUCCAAAAGGAACAAGAAUCCUGGCAAAGGAGAGAGGGGAUCAGAAUUCAUGUGGAUUGGACUAAGAAAAGUCGACGAUGAGUGGGUAUGGGUAGACGAAACCAAAGUGGAUUACACUGCAUGGGCAAAAUAUCAACCUGAUGACUGGAAGGGUGUCGAAAAAUGCGGUCAG